AUGUACUAUGACUGUAGAUAUAUUUCACCCUCUGAGGCUGCGUGGAGGAUUUUUGCGUUUGACAUACAAUUUAGGAAUCCAUCUGUUGAGCGAUUGAGUUUCCAUCUUCCUAAUGAGCAUUCAAUAAUAUUUCAUGACGACGAUUUGGUCAAUGAUGUUGUAAAUCGACCGACAGUAGCUCAAAGCAUGUUUACUGCCUGGUUUGAGGCUAAUAAAAAGUACGCAGAAGGGAGACAGUUGACUUAUUCACAAAUGCCAACUAAAUUUGUUUGGAAGAAUGAUAAGAGAGAAUGGCAACCUAGGCAAAGGAAUUGGGCAAUUGGUCGAACCUUUUAUGUGCCACCAAAUACUGGUGAGAUCUUUUAUCUUAGAUGUUUACUUAAUAUAGUUCGUGGACCGACUUCAUUUGAUGAGAUUAAAAAAGUCGAUGGUGUUCAAUACAAUUCAUUUAGAGAUGCAUGUUAUGCCCGCGGAUUAAUCGAAGAUGAUAAAGAGUAUGUUGAUGCCAUCACUGAGGCAGCAACUUGGUCUUCAGCCCAUUUGCUACGGAAGUUGUUUGUUACACUUUUGACAUCCAAUUCAAUGUCCAAGCCAGAAAAUGUGUGGGAGAUGGUUUGGCAAUACUUACCAGAUGAUGCUCAAUAUAUUUCUAGAAGGAACCUCUCAAUCUCAGAUUUAAGUCUGAAUGAAUCUCAAAAAAAGAAUUAUGUGUUGCUUGAAUUGGAGAAGUUGUUGAAUGCUUGGAACAAAUCUCUAUCAGAUUAUCCACCUAUGCCAAUGCCAGAUGAAAACAAUGAUUGGUUAUUUGGUAACAGGUUGUUGUUCGAGGAGAUGUCAUAUGAUAGGGAAGAUCUAAUGCAUCAACAUAAUUCGUUGCAUCCGAAACUAACUGACGAACAGUUACUCAUAUACAAUAAGGUGAUGGCAGAUGUUGAAAAGAAUUUAAGAUUGCGAGGUGUUACUAAUGAAGACGAUGUUGAGAAGUUAGAUAGUUUUGCCAAGUGGAUUGCGGAUUUAGGUGAUGGUAAUCUUGGUGAAGACAAUGGUGUUGAUUGCAAUAUAAUGAUACCGUCUUCAAUUGUAUUAGAAAAUGAGGUUGAUCCUAUUAGACAAAUUGUUGAAAGCACAUUCCCUGAAUACCGUUCUGGGAACAUGGAUGACAGACAACUAGAGAAUAGAGCUAUUUUAGCUCCAACAUUAGAUGUUGUUGACGAGGUCAAUGAAUACAUGAAUGGUAUUAAUCAAGCUACAUCAAUGAAAUACUUGAGUUGUGAUUCUGUUUGCAAGGCGGAGACAAACUUUGAUAUGCAAUCUCAGGUACACACAACAGAAUUUUUAAAUAGUUUGAGGUGCUCAGGUGUACCAAACCACUCUUUAACGCUGAAAGUUGGAACUCCAGUUAUGCUGUUGAGAAAUAUAGAUCACUCACUGGGGUUGUGCAAUGGUACAAGGUUAAUAGUAACACAAUUGGGAAAUCAUGUUAUUGAGGCAAAAAUCAUAUCUGGCAAUAACGCAGGUACAAAGGUGUUGAUACCAAGGCUAUCUUUGACUCCUUCAGACCCAAGACUUCCAUUCAAGUUUCAAAGAAAGCAGUUCCCACUUAUGUUAUCAUAUGCAAUGACAAUCAACAAAAGUCAAGGUCAAACGCUUUCACAUGUUGGUUUGUUACUGAAAAAACCUGUUUUUAAUCAUGGCCAAUUAUAUGUGGCAAUUUCUCGGGUCAAUAAUCCGAAUGGUCUUAAGCACUUCGGCCUUGCCGUUGGUUUCUUCACCUGCCUCAGAUCAAAUCUGGAACUACUCGUCGUUCCUGACUUCGUCGGCGGCGGCGGCGGCGGCGGAGGGUUUUCCUCAUCGAAACUGAAUCGACAAAUGGAGGAUUACAAAAUGCGGGUUUGGGAGGCGAAAUCAAAGAUGUAG